CGGGCGAGCGACGCGUCCGUCCGUUCGGGGCCCGGAAGCGGCCGCCCCAGCGAGUGCGACGCCGGAGUGGGGUUGGCUUGUCCCCGGUGCGAAGGGCUCGGCUCCCUUCCUGCCACAAGCGCUCGACGGAGCUUUCCGGAGCCCCCUACUUUCGCCGCGGAGGGCGCUGCCCAGCCUCUCCCCGCCUGGAGGCCGCUCCUGCUCCCGCGGCUGUUGAGCGGCUUUCUCUGGGGGGCUGACCCGCAGGCGCGCAGUUGGCGGCCCUUCCCCGCCUUUCCGUCGAGGCCCAGCGGCGCGGCUCCGCAGCCCUCCGCCUGGUGACCUCGCCCGGUCUGUUGUGGAGUGCUGCCUCCGGGCUUUGCUUUUGCUCACAUUGGGGCUGUCCUAAACGAUGCUCACGGCUGUUAAGGUCAGCUUUCUGUGAAAGGCCUAGACGGCAAGAGAGCGCUUUGCAGGACCUCAGCUCCUCUGCAAGCUCAUGAAAAUGAACCUGAGAUGGAACAAUCAACUCCCCCCACCCCGCCCCCAUUACUACUCAAUUUGAACAGGGCUUUUCUCUUCAGUGAUAAUCCUGGAUAGCUCACAGAGCCUGUCGUUGUCAGCUGCAGUUUAAAAUAAUUGGCAGCAGCGAGGCAGCGUUGCCAUCUCCGCCUAAACAGUGCCCGGUGAUUCACAGCCCUUCCAAAAUAGGCGCCUUUCCAGACCGGUCGAGAGGCCUGCAGAGGUCAUGCCCGUUGCCCUUUGGAGGCUGCUUUCAGCAGCACCCCCACCCCAUGUCUUGCCUAGAGUUGCUGCAGCCUGUGAGGGUGGCCAGAAGGUGGCAGAAGACUGCUGGAGCACCGCCCCAGAAGUUACACAACCCUCCAGCAAAACCUCCCUGAAUCCUGCAUGGAUGUCAGCGGCUACCAAAGCAAGACCUGGAAAAUCGUCUUCUGCCACCUCCUUUCGCUGCUCACCCUUGGCUCCCUGCUGAUCAUCUUUCACUGGAAGCCACAUCUCAGAGUCAGAGCACGAUGCCGUCGCUGCCCACUGCACCAGGCUGACUGGGUGGUCAUUACAGAUCAGUUUGGCCAGCACUUCGCUGCACGGGUGCAAACAGAAUGGGUCGAGGAAGGCAGUCUUGCUCUUUGCCCUGCUCCUGGGAGAGCCGAGGGGGAAAACAGCAUUGCUGUUGGAGUGUCAGAAGACGCUGAUGCCAGAGACACGAUCCGGCUUCAUCAGAAGGAGGAAGGGAAAAAUGCCAUCCGCUACUACCUCUUUGAAGGUCUGCGCUACGUCUGGAUUGGAAAAUGGCAGGCGUUCCACAGGGUCAGCAAGUUAGAUGACAGCAGGACUUGCUCGGACAUCCACUUCUCCCGCUGUGGGUUGAGUGCCCAGGAACAGAGUGCCAGGAGAAAGAUUUAUGGACCAAACUUGAUAGAUGUACCAGUCAAAUCUUACCUCAGCCUGCUGAUAGCAGAGGUCUUGAAUCCUUUCUACAUCUUCCAAGUCUUCAGUAUCUCCUUGUGGAUCUGCGAGAGUUACUAUUAUUAUGCCGCCUGCAUCUUUAUCAUCUCUGCUAUCUCAAUAGGGAUUUCUCUCUAUGAGACAAGGAAGCAAAGUAAAACCCUGCAGAGCAUGGUAAAGAUGUCGGUCAGCGUGAGAGUUUGCACAGCCAACAGAGAGCAAAUGACAGUAAGCUCCGCAGAUCUCGUGCCGGGCGACUGCAUCGUGGUACCUGCAGAUGGGAUGUUUGUUCCCUGUGAUGCUGCUCUGCUUACUGGAGAGUGCAUGGUCAAUGAAAGCAUGCUGACAGGAGAAAGUACUCCAGUGAUGAAGACCCCAUUGCCGGAAGGCCCGCAAGCUGCUAGCACCGUCUACUCCCCCGAGGAGCACCGGCGACACACCCUCUUCUGCGGGACGCAGGUCGUCCAGGCCAGGGCCUAUGUGGGUGCUGAGGUUCUGGCCAUAGUGACUCGCACAGGCUUCUGCACAGCCAAAGGAGACCUCGUCAGUUCCAUCCUCUAUCCCAGGCCUGUGAACUUUAAAUUUUACAAGGAUGCAGCAAAGUUUGUCCUCUUCCUUGCAGCCCUAGCUGCUCUGGGCACCGCCUACAGCAUCUUCAUCUUAAUUCGAAAUCGGGUUCCUGCUUGGCAAGUUGUGCUACGUGCCUUGGAUAUUGUGACGGUGGUUGUGCCCCCAGCCCUGCCUGCUGCCAUGACCGUGGGCACCAUUUAUGCCCAAAACCGGCUGAAGAAGCACGGGAUCUUCUGCAUCAGCCCUCCACGGAUCAACCUCUGUGGCAAGGUUCGCCUGAUCUGCUUUGAUAAGACAGGAACCCUCACGGAGGAGGGCCUGGAUAUCUGGGGUGUCGUUCCCCGGGAGAACAGCUGUUUUCUGCCAAUUGUUCACGAGGUGCGCUGUGUGGGGGAGGGCCCGUUGCUCCACUGCCUGGUUACCUGCCACACAGUCUGUCUGCUCAGAGAUCAGCCCGUUGGAGACCCUGUGGACCUCAAGAUGCUGGAAUCUACUGGAUGGAUCCAGGAGGAUGUUGAGGGAGCAGAGGUGGAAGCCCAACUCAUUCGGCUUUUUGGGUCCAAGGCCCUGGUUGUGCUGAAGCCACCGCCACUGGAGGAACAGCCUUUCAGUGGUCAACACACAGUCCCCAUUGCAGUUCUGCGCCGCUUCCCAUUUGUCUCAUCCCUGCAGAGAAUGAGUGUUUUGGUGAAGCUGCCUGGUGGCACCCACUCAGAGGCUUACAUGAAGGGGGCUCCGGAGAUGGUGGCCAGCCUGUGCAAGCGAGAAUCGGUUCCUGCGGACUUCUCUCAAACGUUGCGUCAUUACACCAGUAACGGCUUCCGUGUUUUGGGACUCUCCUACAAACCCUUCACUGCCAUCAGGACCUUCGAAGAAGCCCAGGAGGUGGCAAGGGAUUCUGUUGAGAGUGGCAUGCUCUUCCUCGGCUUCCUCGUGAUGAAGAAUGUCGUCAAGCCCGAAACGGCCCCUGUUAUCCACUUACUACGCAAUGCUGAGAUCCGGACGGUCAUGGUCACAGGAGACAACAUGCUCACUGCAGUGAAUGUGGCCAGGAGCUGCCGGAUGGUGGAGGCAGAGGAGCGUGUGGUCUUCGUGAAUGCGGUGCCACCCAGUGCCGGCAAGCCGUCUGCCCUCAAAUUCGUCCCCUCCGAGCACCCCGCGGAGCACUCAGAGGGUUUGUACCAGCAGGAGAGGUUCUUCCUGGAGCAGCAGCACCUUUCUCACUUUGCCUUGAAUGGGGAAUCCUUUGCUGUGGUCUGUGAGCACUUUUCUGAGCUCCUGCCAAAGAUACUGGUACGAGCAACAGUUUUUGCCCGUAUGUCACCUGACCAGAAAACCCUCUUGGUUCGCAGUUUGCAAGACCUGAACUACUGUGUGGGGAUGUGUGGGGAUGGGGCCAAUGACUGUGGGGCCCUGAAGGCGGCUGAUGUGGGGAUCUCACUCUCGGAAGCUGAGGCUUCCGUGGCCUCGCCUUUCACCUCCAAAAUUGCCAGCAUUGAAUGUGUGCCGUUUGUCAUACGGGAGGGCCGCUGCUCUCUGGUCACCUCCUUUGUGGUCUUCAAGUACAUGGCCCUCUAUAGCCUUGUACAGUUUGUCUCUGUGCUCCUGCUCUACACGAUCAACACCAACCUGAGUGACCUGCAGUUCUUCUUCUUCGAUCUCGUGAUCACCACCACCGUGGCUGCUCUGAUGGGCAAGACGGCGCCCGCCAAGGAGCUGGGUCCGGAGCGCCCACAGGGGACGCUAAUCAGCACCGCUGUGUUGGGCAGCCUUCUCCUGCAGACGGGUCUCCUCAUUGCAGUCCAGGUCGUCUGCUACUUCAUCACCGUCUCUCAGCAGUGGUACGUCCCAUUGAAUGGCACCGUGACAGCCCCCGAGAACCUCCCAAAUUAUGAAAACACUGUGGUGUUCUGCAUCUCAGGGUUCCAGUACCUCAUCCUGGCUGUGGCCAUGUCCAAGGGCUACCCUUUCAGGAAGCCCCUCUACAGCAACGUGUUCUUUUUGAUUGCCCUGAUCGUCUUGUUUGGCCUCAUGAUCUGGUUAACCCUUUACCCUGUGGGCUUCAUGAAUAUGUUGUCUCUGAAGGCCAUUGCUGACAUGAAUUUCAAGUUGCUCCUGCUUGGCAUGGCCACGCUCCAUUUCUUCAUGGCUUUUGUCUUGGAGACCUUUUUAGACCACGGCUUGUUGGAUAGCUUACGGAAGCUCCGCCGCAAGAAGGCCUCCAAGAAGCUCUUCAAGAGGCUAGAGAAAGAGCUCCGCCAGCAGCAGCCCUCGUGGCCCCCACUCAACGAGCCUCUUUGUGCCUCCGCUACAGCCCCUGUCGCUACAAGGGCUCGGAGUUGCCUUCUGGGGAGAAUUCUGGCACGUGCUGUUGUUCUGACGGGGAUACUCUGCCCAGGCAGUGAGGGACCAACUCCUGUUUCUACUCUGGUCUGCUCACCAGGAAGGACAACAGAACCUACGAUUUCUAUGCAGCUGAGUCUGUGCCCUUUCCUUGUGAUUGGGGUUCAGGUUCUUCAACAGGUAUCAAGGCACCUGGCCUCUCCCUGAGGGGUGUGUGUGUUGUGUGUUUUCAAAACACUGAAAGAAUGCUUGGUAGGCUGUGUGUUUGCAAUAGGAUGUUCGCUCCCUGAAAAGUGGAUUUUCUCCCAGCAAGAAGAAUUGGAAAAGUAAAAGAGGCACUGGUGUCCGGUCAAUUUCUGUGGUUGUGAAUGUGUCCUAAAAUAAAUUAUAUUUUCU